AUGGCCGAGGGCCUCAAGGUCAUGAACCAGGUUCUGAGUCGGUAUCCCGAUGUCGAAUGUGACAUCAAGUCCUACGAGCUGGGCGGUACCAGCUUUGACCUCCAUGGAGAAGCCCUUUUACCCGAAGCCCUGGAGGCAGCCAAAAAGGCCGACGCCGUGCUGGUGGGCGCUGUUGGUGGUCCUGUAAGCAGCUUGUCUUGCCCUGAGUGUUUUAUACUUUUAGGCCAUCUACUAAACUCUACCUCUGCAAAAACGACACAGAAAUGGAACGGUCGCGUACCGUCGGUAGAGUUCCAAAGCCUGGGGGCCCUGCGGCGCGAGCUGCAGCUGUACGGCAACCUGCGGCCCAUCAACUUCGCCGCGCCGUCGCUGGUGGACGACUCGCCGCUCAAGGCCGAGGUGGUCCGGGGCACCGACAUCCUCAUGAUCCGGGAGCUGACGGGCGGCAUCUACUUUGGCGAAAAGUCGCAGGGCGACCGGGCGGCCUCGGACACGGACCGCUACACGUACGAGGAGGUGGAGCGGGUGGCGCGGCUGGCCGGGUCGCUGGCGCGGCAGCAGCGCGACCCGCCGCUGCCCGUGGUCAGCCUGGACAAGGCCAACGUGCUCAUGGCCUGCGGGGCGUUUUGGCGCCGCGUCGUCGCCGAGGUCUUUGCCGCCGAGUUUCCAGACGUGCCGCUAACCCACCAGCUGGCCGACAGCGCCGCCAUGAUCCUGGCCUGCAGCCCCACCAAGCUCAACGGCGUCGUGCUGGCCAGCAACCUCUUUGGCGACAUACUCAGCGACCAGGCGAGCGUCAUUGCCGGGAGCAUUGGUCUUUUGCCGAGCGCCAGCCUGUGUGGGAUUCCUACAGCCGGAUCGGGAAUGAUUAAAGGGUUGUAUGAGCCGAUCCACGGCUCCGCCCCCGAUAUUGCAGGGAAGCAGGUUGUAAACCCCAUAGGGAUGAUUCUCUCCGUGGCCAUGAUGUUCAGGUAUUCACUAGGCAUGCCCGAGGCGGCUGGUCUGAUCGAGACGGCUGUGCGGGACACGAUCGAGGCCGGGGUCCGUACCAAGGACAUGGGAGGGAAUGCUUCUACAAAAGAAAUUGGCGACCAUGUGGUCCAGAUUCUCUCCAAGCUUGGAUGAAAGAUCUUAUUGCCGUUGGAGACUAGGAUUAGACUAGACCAGAUACAUCAGAAAGCAAAACAACCAUAGCAUGCCAACGAAUAAUGCCAUUGUAGACCA